AUGAGGUAUAAAGAGGACAUCUUAGCUGGAGUGGCUAAGGACUUCAUCAUUUCGGAUGUGGAUAUGUUAAGAUACAAGGAUCGUAAAGAUAAGUCGAUGGAUGAGGGUGCUAGGGAAGAGAUUCUGGAUGAGUCUUAUACCCGUCUAUGUUUGCUGUAUUCAUGUUCCAUGAAAAUUGUAUAUUGGCAACUGGGGAUAAAGAAUGAGAGAAACAGCUAUGAAGAUUAUAAGUCAAGAGAUAAAAAAGAUGUAGAGAUUGAGUCAUUUGAACUUGCAGUCUUGCAGGUGGCUCUGGCUAUUGCAAAUAUGGAAUUUGGUAACAUUGAGUCUCCAAUGUAUACUAGACUUAGACAGUUUUUUUCCACUAUUUAUAGCAGGAUGCAAGUAAGAGCACCAUCACAGCCAGUGGUUGUGUCUAUACCAAUAUUGCAUUAUGAUGAUACUGAAUCUGCAAAAGCAUCAAGACGGCAACUCAAGGAAGCUAUAUAUACAACACUAUUUAACAUGAAUGUUCCUGCUGUUUGUGCAAUUAAUCAGGCAACUUUAGCUUUGUAUGCUGCUAGAAGAACUUCAGGAAUUGUUGUAAAUAUUGGGUUUCAAGUCACAUCAGUUGUUCCAAUUUUACAUGGUAAGGUAAUGCACAAAGUGGGUGUGGAGGUUGUUGGACUGGGAGCACUAAAACUUACCGGGUUUCUUAAGGAAUUGAUGCAGCAGAACAAUAUUAGUUUUGAAUCGCUGUACACCGUUCGUACUUUGAAAGAUAAUCUCUGUUAUGUUGCCUAUGAUUAUGAGGUUGAGCUACUCAAAGAUACACGAGCAUCAUCUGACGUAGAAGGAGAAGGUCAAUUCACUCUUUCAAAAGAGCGGUUUCAAACAGGAGAAAUCUUAUUCCAGCCACGAAUGGCAGGAGUGUAAGUUCUGGAACUUAUAAUA